CCGGCCGAAGUCAUCGGGACUCGGGGAAAGACUUUACCGCCGCUGCAGCUGCCACCGCUCCUCUCCUGUCCGGCUUUUAAACGGAUAACUAAACAAAAAUAACGUACAAAGUUUCUGGAGGAUUUACCGGAUUUUAACGACUGUGGAUCCAGCAGUUACUUUUCUUCUCUCAGCGGUGUUUACUCUGUUUGUUUCCCCGAGGCUAGCAUCGGUUACUGCUGCUAAACAUGGUGGCCUGUCGGAGAGAAGAAGAAACGAGUCCAGUUUGGGGACUUUAGAGGAAUUCUUUUGGGACGGUUCUCCCUGUGAAACACCGCUGCUCUGGACACAUUACCAGCCCUUUUAUUAUUUUUGUUUUAUCUGGAGGUUUUUAGGACUUUCUUGCCUUUCUGUUGAAACAAGCUGGUGUUUUGUGGACCGUGGAUAAUUGUUAAACUUCAGAAGUUAUCACUAAAACACCUUUAAAGUUUUUCACCCGAUUUGGGAAAAAUUGCAAUAACAUGCACUUGGAAAAACUCGUCAAAUAGCGUCACGUUUUUAUUUAUAUUACGGAUGAUUCAGAUAAGAAUUGAUGCACAGCCUGCAGGAACUACUUUUUAUCCUCUUGAGUGUCUUUUAACAGUCCCCCCCCCUUUUUUUUUAGGUUUGAUUCCUUGUUAAUCUGUGGAUUAUUAUGGAUUAUUAUUAUGAUGGCCUAAUCCAAACUGCAUCAAACUGGGAAUUUGGGGAAUAACUGCUGAUACUGUUGCUGAUGAUGAUGACAGAGAAAAGCGAUGGUUUCCCUUCGUUAUGAUUUUGAGUAGAGAGGAGUUAAUUACAUGGAGACUCGCCUGACAUGCCAAGGAAGGAGUUGCCACUACCUGAGGGUUGGGAGGAGGCCAGAGACUUUGAUGGCAAAGUCUAUUACGUUGACCACAUUAACCAUUGCACCAGCUGGAUCGACCCCAGAGACAGGCAUACGAAGCCUCUGACGUUUGCUGACUGUAUUGGCGAUGAGCUGCCGGUGGGAUGGGAGGAGGCGUACGACCCCGCCGUCGGACCGUACUAUGUCGACCACAACACCAAGAGCACCCAGCUGGAGGACCCGCGGGCUCAGUGGCAGCGCGAGCAGGAGUUCAUGCUGCGGGACUACCUGGCCGUGGCCCGCGACGCGCUCAGCGCCCAGAAGGAGAUCUACCAGGUGAAGGAGCAGCGGCUCCGCCUGGCGCAGCAGGAGUACCGGCAGCUCCACGACGCCUGGAAGGACAAGUCCACGUCCCAGACCAGCUUGAAUUCCAGAUCGUCUUCGUCCAGCAAGUACGACCCGGACAUCCUAAAAGCAGAAAUAUCCACAGCCAAAAGUCGGGUGAACAAGCUGAAGCGGGACCUGGCCUGUAUGAAGCAGGAGCUUCAGUUCAAAGAACAAGGCUUUGAGACGCUCAAAGAGAUAGACCUGAAGGUGUCCAGCAGUCCGUAUGGCUUCAAGCUGCAGGAGGCGCAGAGCAUCCUCAGCGAGGUCCGCACCAUCCGAGACGCCAUCAGCUCUGGGGAGAAGGAGAAACAGGAACUCAUGCAGAAACUGGCGGUGCUGAAGGACAGUUUCCAGCUGGACUCGGGCUCUCAGCAGGAGCUGUGGGGCAGCAGUCCCUCGCUCGCUAACUCCGAGCUGUGCAUCCCGCGGCUGUACUCCGACGCCGGCUCGCAGACCGACAUCCCCGCUGAGUUCAUGACCAGCACCAACAAACUGGCAGAGAAGGUUCGUGUGAGUCUGCAGUACGAGGAGGCCAAGAGAAGGAUCGCCACCAUCGAGGUGCAGAUCGCCAAACUGGACAGCGAGGCGUGGCCGGGGCUGCUGGACCCGGAGCGGGACCGCCUCAUCCUCAUCAACGAGAAAGAGGAGCUGCUGAAGGAGCUGCAGUACGUCAGCCCCCGCCAGCGCAUGCAGCCCAACGACAAGGAGAAGCUGGAGUCUGAGAAGAAACGUCUGGAGAGAGACCUGCAGGCGGCCAGAGACAACCAGAGCAAGGCCCUGACCGAGAGGCUGAGACUCCACUGCAAGAGGAACAAACUGGUCCGAGAGCUGGAGGAGAUGGUCCGACUGGCCACAUCCCUGCAUACUCAACUCAAAGGGCUGUCGGCCAGCACCCUGUCCUGCUCGUCGGGCAGCAGUCGGGGGUCUCUGACCUCCAGCCGCUGCUCGCUGGCCACCACCUCCAGCCUGGGCUCCACCUCCUCCCUCAGCUUCACCGACAUCUACCUGGAGCAGCCCGAGCUGGCCGACCCGGACUUCCAGAACAAGCUGGACAGCCUGCUGCAGGAGGGGGGGCAGGGGGGCUACCGGCCCUCCAGCUCCAUAACCACCAUCCACGAACACGAGGUGGUAACAGGCUCCGGAGAGACGCCUGAGGUCAGAGCAGGAGAGGUGGGAGGGGGUCCCGCUGGAGGAGGCGUGGCGGGGGAGUCGGGGUCGUCCAGGAUCCAGGCCCUCAGACUGUCGGAGACCCCCCGCUCCAUGAGCUCUUUGUCCCCCCGCUCCUCCCUGUCCUCUCUGUCUCCGCCCUGCUCGCCCCUGGUAACGGACUCUAGCUUCCUGUCCGGAGAGACGUUCGCGGGCCAGGCGGGGCCGGGGGGGCUGAGCCUGGAUCUGGAGCUCCACAGCAGGCUGGCAGAGCUGGAACUCAGCCUGGACUCUCAGGAGCAGAGGCAGGAGGAGAGGGGGGGGCCGGGGGGGCCGGAGGAGACGCAGGAGACGCAGAACCACAACACCACACUGGGCGAGGAGGUCAAAGACUCGGCCCCCGAGCUUCAAGGGACGGGGGCGGGGCCAAAGAAGAUGGGCGUGACCUCAGCGGUGUCUGACGAGUCGGUGGCAGGAGACAGCGGCGUGUACGAGCCCUCGGAGCGCAGGCCGGGCCUCCCUGCUGACGUGCUACUCGGCUCUUACGACGAGCGGCUGGCCCUCGGCUGCUCUCAGGUGCAGCUGGGCUUCCGCUACGAGUCCAGAGACCAACGCUUCACCAUCUACGUCAUGCAGCUCUCCAACUGCAGCGCCCUCUGUCUGCCCGCCGACCAGAAAAUAUAUGUGCGUGCGGUGGUGCUGCCGUGCAUGGAGGCGUCCCGCUGCCUCUUCAGGACGCGCGGCUCUCUGCCUCAGGACGUGGUGGAAGUCAACGAGGUGUUCGGCAUGCAGAUAUCCCACAGUGCUUUGCGGCAGAAGACACUGAGGGUCGACAUCUGCAACACCAGCAAGUCGGGCCAUGAAGAGUGUCUGGCGGGAGCCCAGAUCAGCCUCGCUGAUGUCAGCUGUUCGGAGGAGAAAUGCACCAAGUGGUACAACCUGCUGAGUCGCGCCUACAUGCCUGAGAUCAGCAGCAAGGACAAAGAGAGCCGAGCGGCCGGCAGCACUGACAGGCCUCGUGUUUCCAACAGUGACAGAGUGGGAGCUCCUGAGGACGAUGAAUGGCAUGGUGACCCCCUGGACAUCUUUGACGAUGAAGAAAGAAAUGGCGUGGAGGGGGUGGGGCCUGAAGAGGAAGAGUUUUAUCCUGAGAGCAGCCAAUGGGAAGCAGAGGAAGAGGAAGUGGAGGUGAAGGAGCUCAAACCUCCUCCUUAUCGUGCACCAGUCAUCACAGAAAAGGUGAACAAAGAGACGAGCAUGGACAACUUGUCCCACCACAGCUCGGUGGUCCGACCUAAGGAGCGCCGUCCAGACGUCCACCAGCAGAACCCCUUCAUGAGGGGCAACACCAUCAUCCGCUCCAAGACCUUCUCCCCCGGACCCCAGAGCCAGUACAUCUGCAGGAUAAAUCGCAGUGACAGCGACAGCUCCACCCUCUCCAAGAAGUCUCCGUUUGUCAGGAACGCCUCGGAGAGAAGAAGCAUGCGCAUGAAGAAGCCCCCGGUGCCGGUGAAGGGUCUGGACGGUCUGCUGAGGACGUCCCUGGACCUGGAGCUGGACCUGCAGGUGUCGCGGACACGGCAGACGCGGCUGGCUCAGGAGCUGCGGGUGCUGCGGGAGCUGAAGACCCAGCUGGAGACGGCCAGGCAGCGCGGCCAGAGGGAGCUGCCCGCCUGGGUGCAGGAGGACGAGCGCUUCCGCAUCCUCCUGAGGCAGGCCGAGAAGCAGACUUGUGAGGAGCAGCUACACGAGAAGCGGGUGGAGAAGAUGAUGAGAGCGGCAGCCAAGGACGUCCACAAGAUCAGAGGCCAGAGCCGGAAGGAGGUCCCCGAGGUGCAGACCUUCAGAGAGAAGAUGGCGUUCUUCACUCGAGCGAAGAGCAACAUCCCCGACCUGCCGGCUGACGACGUGUAGAGAAGCAUUUCAAAGUAUUUCCUCCUCGAGUCUUAACCUGCUGUUCCCAUUCAAAUGAAGCAAAUGUUUGGCGGUGUUAUGAAGAAUUUAAACAAACAAUAUUAAUAAUGUGUUUAGUAGAGAAAACACUCAAAACCGUGAAGAAACACAUUUUUAAAGAGCUCAGCAUUUCUCAUGUGGAUAGUCUAUGUUUGUAAAUUAGUGAAAGCACACUAGAGCUUUUCUUUUUUUAAUUAUUAUGUCACUCUCUUUGUUUUGUGUUUUUGUUACUAACAGGCUGUUUAUAGGUGUGUAAAAUCAUUCCAGCACAACGUCACAAAGCUGCAAACACAGAGUUUUGUACUGAAAUGACACAUUUAGACACGUAAAUAUAUAAAUGUAUAUUGACAGCACAAAACAAUGGUACUAAAGCAAAAUGAGCAACUCAAGCUGAUGAUAAAUAACAGAAAUGAAUAUCUUCAUUUAAGAGAUAUUUAACAUUGAUUUUCAAGCAAUGUGUUUUUUUUUUUUUUUAAACUAUAGACAGCACAGAUGUUUGUAUAUAAUCCUCAUCAGCAUGCAUCAUUUACAACACACACAACAACACGAGAGGAAAACUGGAGCGAGUCUUUGAUUUACAAACGUUACCAAAUGAACUGGAUUUGAUCAUUUAGGAGGCGACAUUCUUCUCAUUUUAGGUCGAAAGUUAAACGAUUGUCUCUCACCAGUUACACUCAGCAAAGUGUAGAAACAGCACUAACUCUCACUAGCACUCAGGUAGUUGAUCGGAUAGUCCGCACUUUAAGAAACUUCAGAUAAAAGGAAAAAAAGAAAGGAAAAAAAAGUGGGUUUUUGGAAAAAUCUAUAAAAUCCAAAAACCUUUGCCUCGAAUGCGCUGGAAUGAUUGUUAAAUGUUGAAGCACACAAAGAUUGUCAGACAGGAAGAUCAGAUCAGAUGUAUUUUUGAAGACUGUGAACUAAAAGAGUUUUAAUUUCAGACUUCCCUUCCCUCUAACUGGAUGUUUUGGAUACGCUCUGUAUCUAAAGUCGCUCUCAUGCCUCUUACAACUGGAUGUUCUGCAGCUGAUAUGUCAAAUGUAAGCAUGGUGCCCCAGCAAAACUGAACACAUCAAUUCCAUCCUUGUAUCUUGAAACUAGCUAUGGUUUAAAAGACUAUGUAUUGUUAUGCUGCCCCCAAGAGGCCAACAAAAAUGCAGGUUUUUAAUUCCUACUUCCUGUUUCCUGCUCUUCAACUGAUCCAAAAUAAUUGUCAGAAGAUAAAAUAGCAUGUUUAAUUGCAGGAGGUUUGCCUAAAUCAAACCACCCUUGUGAGGAAUGUCGAAAUACAGGUUUUAAGGUUUUCUUAAGUUUUUCGAUUUACAUUAAGUUGUGUUAAAUUCACCACAAAAAAAAAUAGUCUUAUUUAUCAAUAAACAGGUUCAUGUUCAAGUAACCUUUGUUAGCACUGCUAGUAUUGCUGCUUUCCUGUGGGUGCAAAAUGUAAAAAGAAUAUUCUGAAACAAUUGGAUUUAGAGUUAAAUAUAAAUAGAUAAUGGGUUAAAGUGUCACUUCAGGUAUUAAAACUGUCUCAAAUAUAUCAAAUGUCCUAAUUAUAGAAGAUAAUGACAUGCUAAUUUGGACACGGGUCUAAUUUGUAGUUCCAACUUCAUCUGUUCAUCAUGCUGUUAUAUUUUCGCACUUGCAUAGCAACAUGUCUUGGCUAUCAGAGGAGACGGAUAUUUCCCUCUAUGCUUUGAGAAGCCGGUCAAAAGGUCUUUUAUCGGUACGUGCAGAGCGGCUCUUAAUCUUCACCUCUGGCAUGAAGUCAGUUCACUGUUUGUGCUCUGGCGAUGUGAUUUCUAUUCAGCUCAGUGAGGACUUACGAUGUCUAACUCUGUUUCCAAGGCAACCGGAUUAUAAAUCAGCAGCGGACCUCGACUAUUGUUUGGUGGCUCUUUGUGUUUGUACCUGAACGUUGAGCAGCUGUUGGCGCUUUAUUCAACAUUUCAACGGUGCUAAAACAAAACUCCUAUGGUGAUAAAUCACGUUUUGUUUUUUUUACAUAUUUUAAUAUUUGAAAUCUUUGCUCAUUUAGAAGACAUGACUCUGAUGUAUUUUAAGCAGAUUUGAUAUAGAUAAUGAAGAAACCCCACUCCAAAAUUAGUAGAAUGCACCCACUGGCACUAAAUAAUUUAACAUUUUGAAUAUGAUGGAUUGAAAAACAAAGUCAGUUCAGUUUUAAUUUUGUAGCACUAAAUCAUAUUGGCACUCAAACUACAAAACAGUUGAUGGAGGACCAAAAAAAAAGACAAAAUAUCAAAGAAAGUCGGACAACAUUGUCGAGCAGCAAAUCGGAUCAGGAAAAAUAAAUAAAGAGUGACAAAAACAAGGAUUUUUACUUGUAUAAAAGUGGCAAAAUCAUGUGUUUUUUUACACACUCUUGGGGUUAUAUCAUUGACAGGACUUCAGUCUUAAAGUGGACCUGAAGUUUCUUAACCUGUGACUUUUGGAAAAAAUGACUCGCAGACUUUCAGCGCUGUUAUGCUCAGUGUUUCUCUCCUUGCUGGGUCACCAUGCUCUUCAUGUGUUGGUACAUUAGGUGCUUUGUAUAAGUAUCCACCACAUGGCGCAAUCCUUCAUGUUUUCAUGUCUCAAUUCUCGGUGUAAACAGGAAUGUCGCUGAUGAAAACCUCUGCCGCUGUCAUUCCAGAUGUUCCUCUGUUUCACUGUGGUAAACAGCAGCUCAUAACAUGCUUGAAUAAUAGAUCAGAUCCAGCAAAGAGUCAACCUUAAACCUUUAUCUCUUGGUUUAUGUGUAUGUUUAACACCAACAGAGGGAGUUGAUUUUUCUUGUUGGCUCUCCAAUCCUUAAGGUUAUCUCCCAAAAGUCCCAACAAUUUAAAUCAGCCUCGUUUCUGAUAUUUUUAAUCCACAAGAAAAAGAACAUAGGCUCAACACAUAUCCAGUUACUAGUAGGAAUAUUCACCACACAUUCAGGUAAAAGUAGGAAUAUUUUUGCACAAGUGUUAAUAAGAACAAUACAUAUCACACAAAUAGAUAACCACAGAUCUUCUCACCCCGUCUAGAAAAAGACACACAAAAAACUUGAUAGGAAGUGAAUGAAAUGCUGUGAGGACGUUCACACUGAGGCUGCGUUCACACUGCAGAGAGGAAGCGUUUUAUACUUCAGUCUGAACCGUCCUGUUUCUGAACUAAACAUUGAACAACAUAUUUAUACCAAAGAUUUAACCCCUGAUGCACAAACACAUACAUAAAGGAAUCUGAUGUUCUUGUGGCUCAGUGAUCCAAAUAAUACUUUACCUUUUAGAUGUGUAAAGUUUAUCAUCUGCACAUAUAUGCAAUGGUACACACCGUGUCAACUGUGUGCACCAUUGGGAUCCAACAUAAUAAUAAUAAUACAUUUGAUUUAUAUAGCGCUUUCCCUGGUGCCAUGAAGUCUAUAUUUUCAUUUACGAUGUAUAAAUAAUACUUUUAUAGAGAAUUCAAAUAUACAUUUUAAGCAACAAGGUCAUACUUAGUGAUAGUCCCCCACUUUGUAAAUGGAAAAGGGUCAAAGAAUUGUAAACACAUUUUAUAAUCCAUAACAAAAGCACCUUCAAUAAUGACCUCCAUAGUCACCAUAUGUAAUUGAAUAUAUACAUUUUCCAACAGUGGCAUGAAACUUUGGAACCACUAAAAAUAAUACACUUUUUUGGAUUGAAGCUUCUUUGUCCUAGCUGUCUCUAGGUUUCUUAACCACAGUUAGGUCAGUUUGAGUUUCUUCUUCUGAGAAACAUUUUUAGAUAAUAAUGCAUCCUGAAUGUGUGAAGCAAAAUCCUUUUUCUUUUAGCUGUUGACAUGAUAGCAUCUUGACUCAUCCCACAUGUAUUUCUCCCCUCAAAUUAACGACAUCUGAUACCCUAUAAUGCACCACUUUCUCUUUGCUGAAUCGCUCUACUGUCAAGACUUAGGGGAGCAACAAAAAAGUUGUUUGAAUGCCGAUCAGACUGUUCAGACUGAAAUCAUAAAAAGAUAUGUAUUAAAUCGAGGAGUAACGAUGAAAAACCUCACAAUUGUCGUGUUUACUUUUUGUGGGAAAGAGUCACAUGACAGAUCUGGUUUCCUCGCGCAGUGUGAACGCAGCUCUGAACUCCUGACGGUCUGAGGGUUUUACUGUAACGGGAUCACUGUGAAAUUAAUGAAAGCCUUUGGAGUUAUGUGAGAGAGUGUGCCUUUCGGAGAGCAACCAUUUUUUUUUUUUUUUGUCUUAUAUGUCCAAACCUGGUUGCCAUGGUGUGAUCUGAAGCUGUCAAUGUAGAGAAGGGUUUGCAUUAAUGUUCCUAAUGUUAACAGUUUUUUUGUUUUCAUCCACUGUAGAGCAGGUAGUUUGAAAGAAUAGGACUCUGAGGAACAGUACUGUCUGUCUGUAAGAACUUUGUCAUGAUCGAUUGAAUGUUGUUUAACCGCUAAAUCAAAAACAUUUAUAUAUAACAACAUCUGGAUGAAGGAAUGUAGGUUCUUUGCUACGAGAAAUCACAAUCAUUCAGAGAAAAAAACAUGCUGGUAGUCACACGUAAUUAUUAUUUUUCAUCAUGUAGAUUGUGAUAUAAUUCUUGUUUGUUUUUUGAAGUUCAAGUGCAUUUGUUUUCCUUUUAUUUGAUUAUUGUUUUUUUCCCCUAAUGAAUCUGUUUGUAUUACGACUGGUGAUGAAUCUGGUAAUGUGUAUGGAGGCGGCUAUGAGAAACACACAGCAUGUAUUUAUUGCACUUUGUGAUUUGGGUGUGCUUUUCCUGUUUUUCUUUUUAUCGCGAGAGUCCCGAAAAGCUGUGAAUUUUAUUCUCAGACACUGUACUAUCGACCAGAGUUGUAAAUAUUUCACCAGCACAAAAAAUACCAAACAAUAUGUUUUGUAGUUUCACAACAAAUAAAAAAGUUCUUCUCUUCUAA